AUGCCCACCAGUGCGGCUUCUGCAUCGGAAGGCAUGGUGAAGGAUUUCAUGGCUUCUGAUGUCCCAUCUCCAGAUCUCUCGCUGGCUGGUUAUUCGUCCGUACAUGGCUCGUAUUACGAGAGUAUAUCGUCAGCGUCGGAGACAGCGUCACCCGAUACAUUCUUCCGCCCACUGCAAAAGAUUCGGCUACAUAAAGCCAAGGUCAACAUUAAGCCUUUACUCAAAGGGAGGUCGCGCGAUGACCCGUCCUCGACGUCAAUAGAUCUUUCGCGUUCCUCUAUGGAGCAUGAAGGCCUCGGGAUUUAUACUAAUCUUGAGCGCGACACAAGAUACAUUGGCAACCGUGCCAAUGUUUCAGGCCAUUAUCGGUCCAUCAGCGAGUCCUCUUCGUACUCGGCCACAGUACAUUCAAGUACAAAUAGACCCGGAUCACAAUAUGUUCAUCCGAGGCGUCAAACACCACGUCCACCUACGCUUCGGCUGAGCCAGUCCGAUGACAGCUCAGCUGAAGUCGGCAGUUUCUCAAACAAGAACCGACAGCUUUCUGAUAUGGAGUCGCCUGCUCGCCCGAGUCUUGAUAUGGAAUUUCAAUUCAGCACGGAUAAUUCUGCCACGGCUUCGCGAUAUCCAGAACAGAAGCUCAGGAAGAGGACAAACUGCUCCCCUAGCCACGCGAAGCCUAGGUUAAAAACGCAGGCGACCCUCCUCCUACCUUCGAGAACUUUAGAUCGAUCGAAAACCUGCACUUCCGUUGAUCCAUUAUCUCAUGCGGCCACCGUUCAGGCCGCUCGACAGGCAUUUGAAGAGAAAGAAGCCGCAAAGGCACUCAAAUUCGAAAUGCAGCGGAUGAAGGCCCAAAACCGAGAGCUGCGACGUAGUAAGAAGGGGAAAGGUCAAGAGAAUGGCCUGGCUGGUGAUAAUUAUUUGAUCCAACCGGUGCUGGAGCGAGGGAAUAGUUGUGGUAUAGUGGAUUCGUCUGAUGCUUUCGGUGCUGGGUCCUCUCCAGGCGAUUGUUCCGCUAGGAACAGGCAAAUAUCAAAGGAGCGACCUCAACCAAAUCGUCCUAGCACAGCACAGUCACAUCGUCCGAAUCUUUCGAGUUCUAAAAGAAAUUGGAUGUUAUUCCUUACCUGGCUCAGGACGCGGGUUUUCAAAUUGAGGAGAAGAUUAUGUGGACCAUAA